GACUAUGGUUGAUGAGAAGAAACCAGCUCCUAAGAAGGGAGGUAAGAAAGCCUUAAAGAAACCGAUAGCAAAGGGCGGCAAGAAGCGGCGAAAGUCGAGGAAGGAGAGUUACUCCAUCUACAUCUACAAAGUGAUGAAGCAGGUUCACCCCGACACCGGCAUCUCCUCCAAGGCCAUGAGCAUCAUGAACUCGUUCGUGAGCGAUAUUUUCGAGCGCACCGCGGGUGAGGCUUCCCGCCUGGCCCAUUACAACAAGCACAGCACCAUCAGCUCCCGGGAGAUCCAGACCGCCAUGCGGAAUAAAGAGAGUCUGAAGACACGAUCCGGUCCCUGUUUUCAGCGAAGAGCGCUUGGUUCCGAUUGA